AUGAAUGAAAUUUAUUAUUAUUCAGAAGAAAUUGAUAAUUUAUUAGAAGAUUAUAGAAAGUUACUAAAUGAUUUGCAAAAUGAAUCAUGCGAAGAAAAGACAAACAAAUAUUGUAAUGACAUAAAUUUUAUUACUGAAAGAAUAAAAACAACAAAAGAUGCAUAUUUUAUUGAAGUAAGAAAUUUACCAGAAAAAGAUCAAAAUAAUCAUAUACUGAAAAUAAAAGGAAAAAUGUCAAUUUUGGAAAAUUUAAACCUAGAAUUUGAUUUUAUAAAAAGUAAAUUAAGAUAUGAAAAAAAUGAAGAAAAAAAAAAUAAAAUAGUAAAAGAAAAAUAUUUAACACCAAAAGAAAUAGAAAUAAGAGGAGAUUUAAUUCAAGAUCAUACAAAUGAAUCUAUAUAUCGAAUGAAAAAAAUGGUAGAUGAAUCUGAACAAAUAACUAUAGAUGCAAUAAAUAAAUUAAAUGUACAAAAUGAAAAACUACAAGAAGUGACAGAUAAUGUGGAUGAUGUUGAAAUGAACAUAUCUCAUGCAAAACAAACUUUAAGAGAAAUAGCUAAAGAAGCAAUAACAGAUAGAUUUGUUCGUCUUUUAGCUCUUUUAAUUUUUAUUGUUUUAAUUGUUUUAAUAGCUAUAAUUGCUAUUCCAAGGAAAAAAUAA